GGGGAGCUCGGCGGGGGCGGGGCCCUGGGGUCCGGGCUCCUGGAACCCGGGGAGCCGAGGGGCUGCACAGAGCGCGCCCUCAGGCCCGGCGCGGGGGCGCCCAGGACUCGGCGCACCGGGGGCUUGAGCUCCGGGAUAGAGUGCUUCCCUCUGAGGAGGGGGCACCUUGCCCCGGGCAGUCGAGGUCGGGGAGAGGGAAUCAGCGAGCCCGACCCCUGUGCGCAGCCUGGUUUUAGGAACAGGAUGUAGAAACGGCGACGGGACAGUGUUUGGGCGCAGAGCCCUGGACCCUGGGCUGCCCGCAUCAUUCCUCUUCUCCCUCAGCGCCUACGAGCUGUGAAGGUGCUCCUAGCAGUUGUAUGAGGUUGUGAUCUGUCAGAGGGUAUUUGAGGUUCCUUUCCAGAAACUGGAGUCUGGAGUGGAGGGUGGGGGUCAAUUACUGCCCUGCCCGAGGGAAAGGAGGAAGUGGUGGUCAGGUUUCUCCGCGCUUCCGGAAAUCUGCGGGAUCUGCUGAGACUGAAGGGCCCUGGGAGGGUCACUCUCUCGCUGUCUAACGAGAUUUUAUUUCACACAGCAAGGUACGCAGAUUGGGAAAGACGUCUGAGUAUCUUGGGAAAUCUAGGCUGCUGGAGGGCAGGAAGGACUUUGAGAGGGAACAUGCCUGGGAACCUAAGGAAAAAAGAGCAGAUGUGGGAUGCAGACUUUUGGAGGGAAAUGUUAGGUCACUUAAGACCCCUGUUCUCUUUCCAAAGAGACUUCGGUGAAAUUCCCAUGUUUCUGUAAUGUCUUGAGUCACAUCAGGGGUACGUGUGUGGGUUCCAAGCCCGGCCUCAAGGUGACGCCAGUAGAGGGCAGGUGUUUCUGAAGGGGUCCAGCCACCGCUAAGUACACACGUUCUGCCACCCGUUCACCUGUCCGGGUCCCCACGAGUUCUAAGUUGGCCCUUCUGUCAAACUGAGUGUCUAUACCCGGAGCGUGCGCUCUCCCUUCCUAGCCCACCUACUGAGCGAGGGCCCACGGGCAGCGAAGACCUUUAGUGCCCCUUUCCAUUCAUUUCGUCCCUCACUGCUACCCACUUGCCCAUAACGCCUGUUCACUUUGGUUUGUGUUCUCGGCUUUUCCCUGUUUCCCCUGCCUCCCACCUGCUCUGACUUCUCCGGGCAUCCUUCAGAGAUACAGAAAUCAGGACAUUAGCUACCACCCGGACUUCUAGGGAGCAGGACUGCCUGCGUUUUCAAGAGUGGUUUUGGUAAUAGUCCAAGCCCUCUUUGGGGCCUCUAGGAAGAAAGAAAAGAGGGUGGCGUGAUGGGUAGGGCAAGAAGUAGGGUUUCGGGGUUGUGAGCUGAUUGUGCCUUACCGUACCAGUCCUGUUCCAGUCUACACCCCAGUUGAGAUCUCUGGAAAUGAUCCUGACCAUUGGCCAGUUUCUCCGGUCACAGGUCCUGGAGAUCAUGGUGAGCCUCUGCUUGCUCCACUGGGUUUGGAAGAACUCCGUUUCUUCUUUGCUUGGGGCCCACAGGCCUGCAAUCUGCGCACAGAGCGAACACAACUCGCAGUGAAAGUGAUGCCUUUUCUCCAUUUGCGCAAAAUGAGCGUGAGGUGGUUAAGCAGACCAGGAGCUCAGCCUCACAUGGAGUCCAGCCUGCUGCUCUGAUGCCGAAGGGGAGGCAGAAAGUGCCACACUUGGAAGCCCCCUGGGGCCUGUCCACCUGCCUCUGGCUGGAGUUAGCCUGGCUCUUCUUACUGCUUCCCUGGGUCAUGGGCCUGGCAGGGACAGAUGGGCCUGGGGCUGAGGGUCCAGGGGGACUAAGCUGGGCUGUGCAUCUGGACAAGCUGGAAGGUGAGCAGGAAGAAGAGACGCUGGAGCAACAGGCAGAUGCCUUGGCCCAGGCAGCGGGGCUGGUGAAUGCUGGACGCAUUGGGGAGCUCCAGGGGUUCUACCUCUUGGUCCAGCCAGCUGGACACCGGCAGGAUGAGCAGGCGGAGGCCAUCCGGCAGCAGACGGAGGCCGUGCUGGCCAGGCACGAAGCUGUGCGCUGGUACUCAGAGCAGAGACUGCUAAAGCGGGCCAAGCGCAGCGUCCACUUCAAUGACCCCAAGUACCCACAACAAUGGCACCUGAAUAACCAGCGGAGCCCCGGCAGGGACAUCAACGUGACAGGUGUGUGGGAGCGCAACGUCACUGGGCAAGGGGUGACUGUGGUGGUUGUGGAUGAUGGCGUGGAGCACACUGUCCAGGACAUUGCACCCAACUACAGCCCUGAGGGCAGCUAUGACCUCAACUCCAACGACCCGGACCCUAUGCCCCACCCGGAUGCGGAGAAUGGCAACUACCAUGGCACGCGGUGCGCGGGAGAGAUCGCCGCGGUGCCCAACAACAGUUUCUGUGCCGUGGGAGUGGCGUACGGGAGCCGCGUGGCAGGUAUCCGUGUCCUGGAUGGCCCCCUUACGGACAGCAUGGAGGCCGUGGCCUUCAACAAGCACUAUCAGAUCAAUGACAUCUACAGCUGCAGCUGGGGACCCGAUGACGAUGGGAGGACGGUGGAUGGCCCCCACCAGCUUGGAAAGGCCGCCUUGCAGCAUGGAGUGCUGGCAGGCCGCCAGGGCUUCGGGAGCAUCUUCGUGGUGGCCAGUGGCAACGGGGGCCAGCACAGCGACAACUGCAACUAUGACGGCUAUGCCAACUCCAUCUACACGGUCACCAUCGGUGCUGUGGACGAGGAGGGCCGGAUGCCUUUCUAUGCGGAGGAGUGUGCCUCCAUGCUGGCGGUCACCUUCAGCGGCGGGGACAAGAUGCUGCGGAGCAUCGUGACCACUGACUGGGACCUUCAGAAGGGCACGGGCUGCACGGAGGGCCACACGGGGACCUCGGCUGCAGCCCCACUUGCAGCGGGCAUGAUAGCCCUGAUGCUGCAGGUGCGGCCCUGCCUCACCUGGCGAGACGUGCAGCACAUCAUUGUCUUCACAGCCACGCAGUAUGAGGACCACCAUGCGGACUGGGCCACCAAUGAGGCAGGCUUCAGCCACAGCCACCAGCACGGAUUCGGCCUACUCAGUGCCUGGAGACUCGUUAAUGCAGCCAAGAUCUGGACGUCUGUUCCUUACUUGGCUUCCUAUGCCAGCCCCGUGUUGAAAGAGAACAAGGCUAUCCCACUGUCUCCCUGCUCCCUGGAGGUCCUGUGGAAUGUCAGCAGGAUGGACCUGGAGAUGUCGGGGCUGAAGACCCUGGAGCAUGUGGCAGUGACCGUCUCCAUCACUCAUCCACGACGUGGCAGCUUGGAACUGAAACUCUUUUGCCCCAGUGGCAUGAUGUCCCUUAUCGGCGCCCCCCGCAGCAUGGACUCGGACCCCAGCGGCUUCGAUGAUUGGACCUUCUCCACUGUGCGAUGCUGGGGGGAGAGAGCGCAAGGGACGUACAGACUCGCCAUCAGGGACGUAGGAGACGAGCCCUUCCAGGCCGGUAUCCUCCGGCAAUGGCAGCUGACCCUGUAUGGCUCUGUGUGGACUCCGGUAGACAUCAGGGACAGACAAAGGCUUCUAGAGAGCGCCAUGAGUGGCAAGUACCUGGAUGAGGGCUUCACCUUGCCCUGCCCUCCGGGGCUGAAAAUUCCGGAGGAAGAUGGCUACACCAUCACCCCUAACACCCUCAAGACCCUGGUGCUUGUUGGCUGUUUUACCGUCUUCUGGACCAUUUACUACAUGCUGGAAGUAUACUUGGGCCAGAGGAAUGUGGCCUCUCACCCGGUUUGUAGGAGUGGACCCUGCCACUGGCCCCAGCGAAGCCAAAAAGCCGGGGUGGAGGAGACAGAACUGGAGUCAGUGCCGCUUUGUAACAGCAAGGAUCCGGCCGGAGCGGAUGCAGAGGGUGAGGGCGCACCCCGCCGCGCCGGCCUCCCUGUCCCCGCAGUGCGGGAGCCGGGGGCGUGGGGCCUGUCCCAGAGCAGGAGUGCCCCUGACGGCCCUCACCAGCCCCUGCGCCCAGACCUGCUGCGCGGGAGGGAGGAGCGGAUCUGCUGACCCGGGGCCUGACAGGUCGGCGUGGACAGCCUCUUCCUUUCCUAGUCCGGGGAGGGUUGGAGAGCCGCCCCAGAGUCCCGGGACACUCGGUCCGGAGCCCAGGGGCCUUCAGCGCCCGCUGGCUGCGCUCAGGGAGGGCAGGCGCCUUCUCACGGGGGAGUCCAGAGGCGGCGGGCGGGGCCAGAGAACGAUGGGCAGCAGCCCCAGGCCUCCAGCUGAACGGGAGCUUCUGGUGACAAGGUCUUGGACCGGGCGCUGGCCCCUCACCACUGGACAAGUCUCCGUCCUCAUUUCUCCUGGACAGGCCAGUGGUGUGGGUCACGGACCCUCACCCAUGCCUGGCUGAGGGCGCCGGCCACGGCCAGAAGAGCAUCUCAGCGGAAACAUCACUGGGGUCACUUGGGAAGAGGGCUUGGGGUGAAGGCUGGGAGAACCCCCAGAUAGGCCCGUUCUCUUAAUGACUCAGGACCCAGGAAAAGCAGACUUUUCCUCUCUUUCUCCCACUUUCCUAAGGCUCGGGCCUCGGACAUACUGGUAUGGCGAUGGGCCGUCCGCCCGGCACGCCUGCCCUGAGGGCAGCUGCCCCCAUCAUCCCUGAGCAGGAGCCGACCCUGAACACCCCCCUGGCGCCCUAACAGCCACCCCCAGCCCCCUCCCGAAGGAUCGGUGCGAUGCUCCUGGCAAAGCCGGGACGGGCCUCACUAAGGGAGGGAGUGUGCCGGGGGUCUGUGGCAGGGGUCAGCGGCCACCACGCCAGGCCUGCGGCCACCCGGCUUCCUCCGCAAAGUGCUCAGGGAAACGGCCUUACCCACCGAGGCCAGCCGUCUGCCUGACAGGCUGGAACUCCUCCCCGUUCUUGGCCUCCUCCCCUCUUCUGAGUGAGUUUGGUUGAUUUGAACUUUUUUUAACGCUUAAGAUUUGUCUUUCUCUUUUCACAGCAACAUUUUGUUGAAUUCUUUUCCGCACAGCUUUUCCUAAAUAAAAACCUUCCACACA